AUGUCUGUCGAAUCUGUUAAGAAUCGAUUGAGUCGAUUAUUUAAACUAAUUUUGUUAACAUGCUUUGUAUUUUUUAUUGUUUCCGGUUUUUAUAUUUUUCCAUUUUCGAAUGUAAACGAGCAACAUCAAAAUUUUAUUCUGCCUUCACCAUCCAUACCAAUCUCAUUUGAUAAUCGAACGAUUGUCGUUACUCGUUACAAAGAAGACAUAACAUGGCUCGAUUUGUAUUUACAUCAUAUAAAUCAUGUUGUUUAUACAAAAGAGGAUGCGUUUGCUCUACAUAAUAUACCCAUUAAUAAAGGAAAAGAAAUAAUGGUUUAUUUGAAAUAUAUCAUCGACUAUUAUGAUCGUUUACCAGGCGUUGUCGCUUUCAUUCACGGCCAUCGAUUUGCUUGGCACUUAAAAGAGCCUGAUGACAUUGUUAAAUCGUUACGCGCACUCAAAUGGGGACGAUUCGAUUACAUGCCGUUACAAGCAUUUUACGUCACUAAUACUCAAAUCAUUCGCGAUAGUCCCAAUCCACAAUACGCAUUCAAUUGGAAAUUUUGGAAUGAUACACUAAGAGAUAUAGUAUGGCCACCUGCUGAUUAUAUCGAAUGUCCGUGUUGUGCCACGAUUGCGGUAAAAAAACACCUAAUUUUGGCACGAACGAAACAGUUUUAUUUGAGACUGUAUAACUACAUUUCAAAUUCGACCGAAUCAAGUGAUCGACUUGCUUUAACACUUGAAUACGUAUGGCAUAUUAUAUUUGGUCAACCAUUUAAAAUCCCGAAAUAUCAACCGUGUGAUCUAUUUUACUGUUAUGAAAAUGGCACAAUUAAAGAUUGUGCUCGAGUGGAAUGUACAAAUGUCAAUUUUACAGUACAAGCGAACACUUCAGUCUGUAAUCUCGAUGCGCACAGAAAUUUAAUCUGUGUACCCACCGGAAGAUAG